AUGGCAGAUCGGGUAUCGCCCAGAGAUCAAAUGUCACAACUUGAUGCUGCCCCUGUAGCAUCCCCUGACUGCCCAGUGUCCUAUACACAGAUGGAAACUCUUUUAACUAAGCUAAGAGUAGGAACUGAGCAAAGAUUUGAACACCCAAAUGGCGUCACUAUAAAAAAUGAUGUGACAAAGAUCGAUAUUCGCCUAAAUCAGGUGGAAACAAUAUUUGACGAGCAAACAAAUGCACAUUCAGACCUCGAAUCAUGG